AUGCGUAUUUUCCCGCCGCUUUUCUACACAUAUCUCCUUCCGAUCAUCACGAGCGCUUUCGAGAUUCAUCCAAAAGAGGAGUUGAGGUGGUGAACAUUUUGAUAUUGUGCGAUUCUAUAAAACGGGCCAUUCAGGAAGUGCUUCUCGUGCUCCGUCUUCACAUUCAUCAACUCAAAGUUGGUGUGCGCGAAUCCGUCGUUUUGCGAAUCCGAUUUCUGCUAUUCAUGUGAGUCUUCUGACGCUUUUCAUGGAUCUGAAGUUCAGAUUCUGAAGAAAAGUCAUAAUCCUCUUGAAGAACCAAGAGUUUUGACACUGACCCACUUUUCGUGCCUUGACGCACUCUCGGUGUCUUGUCCUAUCCAAUCCUUGUGCGUUUUCAGAUCUUCUCUCCGAUGGUCGUUCCAUGUUCCUUUCUGGAUGUGCUGAAGAUGUGUCAGACUACAGUAUACGGUAAGAAAUUCACUGUGGCCUAGAAUCCGAAGGGAAAAGUUCUGCCACCGAACCAACAAUAGUAAGGGUAGAUAACCAGCCAAAAGAAUUGCUUUGAAACCUUGAAAUCUCGAAACAUAUGGCCCGGAGCUCGUGCAAAACCUAGUAAUUUCAGAACGUACGACGACGAUUUGAUGUGCCACACGCGCGGCCACGUGGGUCUUUGCGUGUGCUCCAGCUCCCAACAAAGUUGCCACGACCUCUGGCCGAACCCGAAAGCGCCAAGAAACCUGACGACGCACAUCAAAUGGAUCGACACCGAUGUCAAUCAGAUCAACGCCAUUUCUCACGUGAGUUGUGAUCGAUACAGUAACCCCCAAGGGCUACUGUUGCUUUGUACACAUUACGAUGUUCCAAAAUGACGGUCCCGCUAAUUUUUUUGCAGAGAGUUACCGGUUUUGCGGCGGACUACGCUCGAAACCGCGUCGGCCAAAUGCGAGUGGAACAUUUUCCCGAGCAGUUUCCAGGAAUCCCAUUGGCCGGAGCCAAUCAGUUUCAGCACAAUAUUGUAGCUUCGAUUGUUCUUCUGACACCAUUCUGUUUAGAACUUUUCUGAUAGUUAACGUUGACUCUCAUUCAUUUUCAUGUCAAAACGGGACACACUUCUUCGACGAUUGUACAAUGUAAUGUAAAGAUUGUGGUAGUGAUUAUCUCGAAAAGUGUGGUCAACUGAAAGAAUUUCGAGUUGAAGAUAUUGUCUGUUAGGUAGAUUUGUAGAUUUGUAAAGACGUGCUAAAAGUGGCCGAAGCGCUUCUGAAUCCGAUCGGAGAGGACGACGACGACUUUGAGUGCAACUGGAUCUUGGACAGGAACUUGCAGGUAAGCGUGACCUAAGAAUUUAACUGAUUUUACCCUUCCAGGUCGGUUUGAUGGUUGUUGACACUGCCUACAAUCGCUAUCCAACUCUCGAAAAGGAUCAGUUCUGA